AUGUCGACAACCACCGCUGACAAGAGUAUGUAUUGAACCAAACCAUUACGGCUGGAAUGGGAAAUGCAAUAUCUCACAUCGACGCCAUUACUAACGACGAACCGCUUUUUCUAUUAGAAACUCCUGCACCCGCACCCGACUACUCAAUCGCUAAUUCUGACGUUGUUUCCAAGUACAAGACUGCCGGAGACAUUGCCAACAAGGUGUUGGCGCAGGUCAAAGAGGCUGCCGUUGCUGGCUCAAAGACUUAUGACUUGUGUGUCAAAGGUGACGAGUUGUUGAACGAGGAGUUGUCGAAGAUCUACAACUCCAAAAAGACCAAGGGCACACCCAAGGGCAUUGCGUAUCCAACCACCGUGAGUCCCAACCACGUUCCAGCACACUUGGCUCCGGUCUCCGUUGAUGACGAGGCCAAUGUUGAGUUGAAAGAUGGAGACGUUGUCAGCAUCCAAUUGGGUGCCCAGAUUGACGGUUUCCCUGCCAUUGUCGGCGAGACUUUUAUUGUUGGCGAGAAGAAAGAUGCGCCUAUUAGUGGCCAGAAGGCAGACUUGAUGCAAGCUGCAUGGGCCGCGUCCGAGGCUGCUUUGAGAACAUUCAAGCCUGGCAAUAGGAAUUGGGACAUCACCAACAUUGUGGCCAAGGUUGCCAGGGAAUUCGAGACCACACCUUUAGAGAGCAUGUUGUCGCACAACCAGGAACGAUUGGUGAUGUACGGCCCAAAGGAGAUUAUCUUGAACCCAUCCAAGCAGAAUAAGAGCAACAUGGAGACCCACAAGUUUGACGAGAAUGACGUUUACGGGUUGGACAUUUUGAUCUCAACUUCCAAAGACGGGAAAGUGAAGCCAUCGCAGUUUAGAACCUCCCUUUACAAGUUGACGGGAGAGUCGUACGCUUUGAAGAUGAAAAUGUCGCACAAGAUUCUUUCUGAGUUCAAGAACAAGUGCAAUAGCCAGCCAUUCCCUUACAACAUCCGUAACUUGGAAGAUCCCAAGAAAUCAAGAGGUGGGUUGGCAGAGCCCGUGAACCACAAGAUUCUCUUGCCAUACGAUGUUGUUGUUGAGAGAGAAGGCGAGUACGUUGCCCAGUUCUACACCACGUUUGGUAUCACCAAGACCGGAAUCGUCAAGUACACCAGCCCUGUGUUUGAUUCGGAAUUGUACAAGUCCGACAAGCAAGUGACCGACGAAGACAUCUUGAAGCUCUUGGAGGAGCCUUUGAACACGAAGGUGCCAAAGAAGAAAGCUGAGAAGGCUUAA